AUUGUACGUUGAGGGAGGAGACUCAUUUUCUCUUCCGCUCAUUGGCGAGAAGCAGUCGAGUGCGGUGUAGGGCCAGUGGACGUAGGUGCAGGGGGAAAACUUGCCAUCACAAAUCUCAGUAAGGGCGGCGGAUGAGUGAGGAUCGCAAAGCCUACCUUGUCCUCCAUUUUCAGGGCAAAGUAGUCUGGAUUUAUACGAAUAUUGUUGGAAAUAAUUUGGUUCAAUGGAGGCUGCGGUUCUAAACCCUCAGAUGAUGACGGAUGUCAACUGCAACAACAGUGCCAUGAACGCAGAGCUAGAGGUGAAAAAGCUGCAAGAGCUCGUUAGGAAACUGGAAAUGCAGAACGAGCAGCUACGGACACGGGCAAAUGCAGUAAACGGGCGCACAAGCCCUCACAUCUUGUCGUCCUCUCCGCUUUGCUUACUCGGGAAUACAAUUGCUAGUAGUAGCUACUGUAUUCCGAGUCCGCCACCGACGCUGUCGUGCCCGGCAUCCUUAGGACUAUACAAUGAGGAGCCUUUCCCUUACUUCCAACCUCACAACCCCGACGACGCCGCAUCUGAUGCAGAUGAUGUGUCUGGCGACUACACUGAACCUACGGUUUUUGACGAUAUUGAGAUACUGAACCUUGAUUCCCUGUUACCUUGUGAUCAGGAUUCAGAGGAAACCUGGCUGUAUGUCUCCCCUAAGGCUUGUCUAUGGGUGGAGGGGAGUCUGACGCCACUACAAUGGUGCCGGCAGGUUCUGGACAACCCCCGGCCGGACAUGGAGGCUGCCAAGCGGGCCCUCUGCCAUCGCCUGGACUCAGUCCACAGGUGGAGGGGCGUCUUCUCCUCUCCUGCGUCUCCCGCGUUCCCUCACAGUCGAGUAGCUGGAGUCUCCCCACUCUGCACCUCCUCUCCCUCCUCCAAGUCCUGCUCUUCUCCUCCCCCUAGCGCACCUUCCUCUGAGAGACAAGCCUCAUUCCUUCCAUCCUCUCACCCUUCGCUCUCCCUGACUCUACCUGGGAAGGAUCGCUCUCCUCUAGCUGAGAGAACUCCCACCUUCCUCUAUCACCCAGCCGAUCGCAGCCGCAGCCUCCGACGGACUACCUUCAGUCCUCAGUCGUCUCUGGACAGUGAACUGAGUGCGUCCGAGUUGGAGGACGACUCCAUCGCUCUUGGAUACAAGCUGCAGGACCUCACAGACGUCCAGGUGAUGGCAAGACUACAGGAGGAGAGUCUGCGUCAAGAUUACGCCACCACCACAUCGACCAGCCGACGGAGCGCCAGCUUCUCCUUCCAGUUUGGCCAGCGAGCGGACUCUCACUUGGAGGAGGAAGAGGAGGAUGACGACGACGACGACGAAGACUACGGCCAGCUGCCUCCUCCGCAGCCCCGGCUGACGCGGACGGGGGGGCCCCUGCAGCGCGGCCUGUCCCACUCCCACACCUUCACCAGCAUGCGGGACUGGCGCCGGAGCACCUCCACCCCCUCCACCCCCUCCACCCCCCACUACCCCUCCACCUUCCCCUACCAGCCCCAGCCCCAGCACGCGCCCAGCUACGCCCCCGAGCAGCACGGCCCCCGGCACAGCUCAGUCGAGUUUGACAAUAAACUGCGGAGGAGUAUGCCCAACCUGGUCAGGGCUCCCAGCAUGCCGAGUGUCCCCGUUCCAGCCAAUCACAUGGGCUCUCCUGCCUCCAUCCGGAACAGCCAGAGCUUCGACUCCUCCAAUGGGUUGGCCAGAUUGCAGUCUGCUAUCCCAUCACCUGGCCAGCUCCAGAACCGCGUUCAGAGUGUGGGGAACUUCUCUGUGUCGUCCCGGCAACCCCUGAAGGCCACUGCUUACGUCAGCCCCACGGUCAAGGGUCCUGCUACCGUGACGACGUCAACCAGUUUACAGUCCCUGAGCAGCAGUGGCAUCCCGCUACCCAGCAAACCAGGCAGUGGCCAGGCAUCAGGACGCAGCGGCCUCCCUCGCCCAGCCUCCUUCAUAGGAACCAGCUCUACUCCCCGGAGCAAGAUAGCCCAACCUGUGCGCAGUUUACUGACGCCGCCAAAGAGCUUGGCUACCCUCAGUGCCCUGCGUGAUGGCAGUUGGAAGGAUGGCUGUUACUAGAAAUGGGCAAACAUCGGAAAAGGGCACAGCUCAACUCAGUGGUGAUCUGGUCACAUGUCGCCGCCCUGCUGGUUGGGGUGGGCUACCACUGAUAAAGCAAUCUUAGAAUGUGAACGGGAAUGACUGGAAGUUGCCAUGCUAUGGAGAAAAGCCCAGAGUUGGGACUUAGUGCUUCCUUAUUAAGGGGGUGUUUUUUGCAUCUAUGUAUUAUGCAAAAAAUAAAGGUAAUCCUCAAUGUCACGUUUUCAUCAUUCAUAAAGCCCCCAGCUUUGCUCUAAUGCACUGACCAGGACUUAGUUACUAAUAAUCGACUCACUGCCCUGUAAAGCUUCUUUUUAAUCAAAUCAUUUUUGAUGUGUUUUUUCUUAAAAGAGGAACUCCAAACAUGCUGCUAAUCAUUAUUCUGCUGUUCCACUUAAGUUGUUUUUAAACAAUAUUACAUAGAAAAAGAGAAAGAAGUCGUUGCAAUUGCGUGACGCUUUUUAAGGGAUUGAACUGUAAUGUCUGUCCUAUUAAUACUCUUUUGUAAUGGAAAACUUUAACCAAAUUUGACCAGCUUGAAAGUGUUUACAUACAGGUAAAGGUGAGUAAACUGCUAACACGUUGAUGUUUUUAAACCCACAAACACACACAUACACUUAAUUUUCAAAUCAUGGAACACUGAGAUGAAGUAAGAAAUCUUUGUUAUUGUUGCACCUAUUGUUAAUGUGUCAAUGAAGUGUUUUGGUACUGCACUUUCACUAUUAAAUUAUUUGUUUUUCAAUAUUGUUUGUUUGGAAAAGACACUGUAUAGAAGUUCACUAUGACCAAUGUAGCACUGAAUUAAAAAGGUUUUAAUGUGUCCAACAAGAAUAACAAAAAGUUAUAUUUGCAAUUGCACUUAAAAUACAGGUAUUACUUUUUUUGUUUGUUUAUUUGUUUGUAUUUUUAAGCACUGUCAUUGAAACAAGUUUGUGUGUUUCAUUUAAAAAUAAAGGCUUUUUAAACUUUCA